CCCUCACUCCAACUCCAAAAACUCCCACUCUCUCCCUCUCCGCACACACAACACACACAACCCAACAAAUGCCCCGCCACAUCCAAAUCCUCCUCUCCGUCGACUUCGACGCCGUCUCCGGCUUUCUCGGCACCGGCGCCUCGCCAACAAAUGGCCUCGCCGAUUUCAGUAGCGGCUACUUCGCGGCGCAGGUCGGCGUCCCGCGACUCCUCCGCCUCUUCAAGAAACACGACAUCUCCUCGCGCGUGACCUGGUUCGUGCCGGGCCACUCGAUGGAGUCUUUCCCGGAGCAGACUAAGGCGAUUGUGGAUUCUGGCGCGGAGAUUGGGUGUCAUGGGUAUGCGCAUGAGGGGGCGACGCAGUUGACGGAGACGCAGGAGAGGGAUGUGAUUGAGCGGUGUGUGCAGCUUGCGACGGAGAUUUCGGGGAAGAGGCCUGUGGGGUGGAGGGCGCCGCUUUAUCAGUUGAGGGAGCAUACGGUAAAGGUGUUGGAGGAGCUUGGGUUUCUAUAUGACACAUCGCUAACACACCACGACUCCGCUCCCUACUUCCUCCAGUCCACGCAGACACCGAAACCAAUCGACUUCUCCCCCUCCGUCUCCGCCUCCUCCUGGAUGCACCCGCUCCCUCCGCCCGCCCCGCGAACACCGAGCACACUCGUCGAGAUCCCGUGUAACUGGUACAUGGAGGACAUGACACCAAUGCAGUUCCUACCUGCAGCGGCAAACUCGCACGGCUUCGUGAGUCCCGAGACGAUUGAGCGGAACUGGAAGGCGAGGUUCGAGUACCUGUACAAUGAGGACAUCGAUGGGGAGAAACAGGACUUUGUGUUUCCGCUGGUGCUGCAUCCGGAUACGAGUGGGAUGGCGCACGUUAUUGGGAUGAUUGAGAGGGUCAUUGUGUGGUUGAAGGAAUGGGAGGGGGUUGAGUUUGUGACGUUCGCAGAGUGUGCCAGGCAGUGGAAGGAGGAGAACAAUUAGUCUUGCUACGAGGAUGCGGCCGUCGAUCUGUGAUAUUGAUGCUCGGAGGGAGCAUAACCUCGACUGACAUGGUAUUCCUGGUUGAGUGCGGUAUAUGUCCAUUUUGAAAUCAGUUCUAAUAGCUGAAACGAGCGAUCUUGGCAUGCAGAAUCGAUAGGCCAGUCGUGAUGUACAUCUGACAGCGGUCACAUUCGCCAUGCCUCACUGAUGCCAAUCUCCCUGCAGAUAGCGAUCCUAUCAAUCUCAACCUUAACCUUCCUUCCUCUGCUCCUUCCCCAUCGCGGAAACUCUAUACGUGUUAUCCAGAUCCAACAAACCGCACGCAACCCCCAGCAGGAAAAAAGAAAGACUCACCGAUUCAUCUGCACCCUCCUCAACCCCCUCAACAACCUCUCAUACUCCCCCCCAGCCUCCCCAUCCCCCUUCUCCCCCUUCCGAAGCUUCACAGUCCCAUGCUUAUUCACCCACCCCCUCACACUCCCCGCCGCCCCACACCGAUCCCCCUUAUCACGGACAAUCGCCCUCCCAUCCAAAUCGCGAUCAAUCGCCUGGCUGAAAUCCCGAUUCGCUGGUGAGAUAAAGAGCGGAUCGACCUCACCCUCGAGCCGGAUCUCCUCCUCGAACGACUGGAAUUCGACCUCGGGGGAUGUCACGCUCGGGUCGUAGGCGUACGUGUCGGCGCCGACUUCGUUGUCCGUGCCGGAGUAGGCGGUUUCGGCGCGUUCGGGGGAGAGGGUUGUGCGGUCGAGCUCGGUGAGGAGCUGGGAUUCUUGGUUGCGCGGGUCGCGUUUGGGGGCCUUGUGGGUUGAGGUUGUGAUGGGGCGGAGGAGGUGGGAUUGGAGCGGGUAGAGCGGAUCGAGGGUUCGUAGAGGGCGUGCUUUGGUAAUCGUUGUGAAAAGUGUGGGUUUGAUGCGGAGCGCCAUGUUGGUUGGUUUCUUGAUGAGUAUAGCUUUGGCUUUGGCUUGAUCUUUGUAGUUAUCGUGGUGCCUCAGCUCAGCACUUCACGAUCUCAAACGAGAGAGGGGCAUGUGGUUUUUAUUUCAUGGGGAUGGAGGUGCUCGCCCAUGGUAGCUGUGGUCUUGACGUCACUUCGUACUCUGCCGAGAGAUGGUGAGAUCUCGACACUCGAUGUUCAAUACUCGAUUCUGAAUGGCGAUAUACUACUUUACUCGAGUUGGCGGAGGGUAAUCAGGCAGAUAGUAUGCGUCGUAUCCUCCCACUGAUGUUAUAGUGUCGAUGAAUGCUGUCACUGGAU